AUGGACGAUUACGAUUCUGGUUCCGCCGCCGACCCCAUGGACCAAGACCAUCAGCAGGACCACUUCGCCCCCGUGGCGGGCUCCCAGUCGCCGGUGUCCCCUAUCGGAUCGCUGGGAGGAUCCUUGGACGGCAUGCUGGACAUCCUCGAGAACCUCGAUGGUGACGGCAUCUCCCUGGACGUCGACGAGAACGGCAACGUCGUCUUGAACCCCACCGAUUGGACCGGCGGCGGAGGCGGGGCCGCUGACGGCGGCGGCGGCGGCAGCGGCAGCGGCGGUGGCAGCGGCGGCGGUGGCAGCGGCAGCGGGCACUGGCGGCGCGGCGGAGGCGGCAGCGGGAGGGGGGGCGGACAGCAGCGGCGGGGCGGGGGUGGCCGCAGGAGGAGCAGCGAAGCUGCGCCCAACACCAACAGCGGCACCUCCUCGUGGCACAAGGUGGACAAGAACGCCAAGGUUCCCCGCCCGGUGGUAUCCAGCCACGAUGCCCGGGGGCGUCGGCCCAAGUCCUACGACUCGGAGCGGUGGAGCUGCCCCCCUCUCUUCCGCCCGGUGCGCAUCCCCUCGGACCCGGCCUCGAACGCCGACGGGGUCUCGCUGGGCGAACUCCUCGGCGGGGAGUACACGGAGGCGCUGGUGGCCAGCUACCUCGUGGACGCGGAGUUCCUGCUGAACGCGGCGCCGAGGCUGAAGACCGUCCCGUUUCUUCUCAUACAGGGCAUCAAGGAGGACAAGCCGCUGGUGGUAAGCAUGAAAGCCUUCCUCAAGAGGGAGCACCCAGCAGCGGUGGUGUACCUCCCGAAGACGAUUCACAUCGGGCUCCACCACUCCAAGAUGAUCCUUCUCAAGUACAAGACGGGCGUGCGAGUGGUGAUCAUGACGUGCAACAUGCGCCCGGACGACUGGGGGGGGCGGUGCCAGGCCGCGUGGUACCAGGAUUUCCCGUUCAAGCCUCCCCGGGCCAAGAGCAAGGGGAAGGAGAAGGCUCGAGGGAAAGCGGGGAAGAGGAAGCGCGUCGGCGCUGAUGCUGCGCCCAUCCUCGACGAAGAGCCGGAGGAGGAGGAGGAAGAAGGGGGCGUUGUCGGAAAGAAGAAGCGGCGCGGCGAGAGUGGUGUCGCCGCUGCUGAUGAUGCUGGUGGGGCCGGGAGUGGGACCAAGAGGAAGCGCGUGGAUAGCGAUAGCGAGGAGGACUACCCGGUGGAAGAGGAGGAGGAGGAGGAGGAAGGGGAAGGGGAAGGCGAUGACGACGACGUGGUUAUCACCUCCGAGUUUGAGGAAAUCCUGAUCGACUACUUCGAGCACGUGGGGGGCCCGGCUGCCGUGUGGGGGAGGAGCCUCUCCGCGUACGACUUCUCCUCCGCCAACGUGACCCUCAUCCCGAGCGUGCCCGGUCGCCACAAGGGCAGGGACCUCUACAGGUACGGCCACAUGCGCGUGCGCGCGGUGCUGGCCAGGGAAGAGGUGCACGUGAGGCCCGGGUCCCACAGGGUGGCCUUCCAGGCGGCCAGCAUCAUGAACCUUUCCCGUCGCCCGUACAAGUGGCUGGGCGAGAUCACGGAGUCCUUCAUGGCCGAGAAGACCAGCAGCAAGGACGGUAAGAACGGCAAGAAGGCCAUUCGCGACAUCGACGUCGGGCUCGCCGAGGAGGAGGAGAUGAGGAGGAAGAAGAAGGAGCAAGACGAGAGGAACAAGGGGAAGAACCAGCCGAAGAAGCCGCUCGGGCAGCGCAAGGACCCGUGGGGCGACAAAGGUAUCCUUGAGAAGCGGAAGGAGAGGGCCGAGAGGCGAGAGGCCAUCCACCGCCGCAACGUGCUCGGCAUCCUUCCGCCGAAAAAGCCCAAGCCCCCCAAGCGCCUGGGCAAGAAGGCCUUGAAGAGGAAGAAGAGGGAGGAGCAGGAGGCGGCGGAAGCGGCGGCCUUGAUCAAGUGGGUCGGGAAGGAGAGGAAGAGGAACUGGUUCAUGAAGUUCCUUCGUGUUGUCUGGCCCACCGAGGAAGCCGUUCGGACGUCCAACUUGGGCUGGGAGUCGGGAGCCGGCAUGCCAUGCCUCACGACGACCCUGUACGAAGGGGGUUACCGCAAGUGCGAGACGAACUACCAGCUCAACAGGGUGAUGGAGGAGCUGAAGCCCCUCCUCUGCACCUGGACGGGGGCCAAGGGGAUGGACAGGGGGAACGCCAUGCCGCACCUCAACACGUACUACCGCUACCGCGAGCUACCGAGGACGGACGGCUCUUUGAAGAUGAGCAAGGAUGGCCUGGCCUACUUUCUGCUGGCAUCUCACAGCCUGCACCGGAUCGCUUGGGGCUACCUGGAGCACAGGAACCCGCCCCAAAGGCCCAGGAAGCGGAGGGUGAGAAUGAAGCCGAUCUACCCCCCCAAGCCAGAGAACACGCUGCCCUACAAGGAGGAAGAGGCCCAGCUGGACAUCAAGUCUUUCGACAUGGGCGUCAUGUUCCUCCCGAGCAAGAUCCCCCCCAAGCGGCCGCUUCCCAUGGACUACGACUCUGACGACUCUGACGACGACAUGGGUAUGGAUGCGGCGGGCGGCGGCGGGUCUGGUGCCGCUUCGCCGGCGCCGUUCUCUUGCGACCCGGAGGGCGCGCUGUUUCGCCUGCGGCCGCUGAGCUACCGCUGCCCCGAUCAGGCGCCGGCCGCCAGGCUAAAGACGCUGCCGCUGGGGCUGCUCCCGUUGCCGCACCAGCUGCCGGGUCGGUCGGUCGGUGUGUUGGAGGAGGGUGGGUGUGUUGGCAGGAGGCUGAGCUCAUCCGCAACCAGUGGACCACGUUACGCAGCCGGUGAAAGUCCUACGAAAAAAGAAACAAAGAAAAAAAGGGCCAGGAUGUAAGGGCAACGCGAAAAAGAAAGCGGAAGCGCCAUAAUGCGCGGUGUGAGCAGCCUCUGUCAAAGAGAAAAAGAGACGGCAAAAGGUCAAGCUAGGCGCGCGCUGCGAUCAAAACAAAGCAUCCCAUUGAUGGAAGGUGCGGCGUUCAUGCGCUCGCAACAAAGGCGUCGACAGCAGUGGCGGACCAGAGCAAGUUACGGCGCAGAACAACGGACUCGAAACAUCGGGGAGUUCUCGUCAUUCCGGCAGAAGACCCAAUGUGUUGUGGUGUCGUUCGUUUACGAGCGAGCUCUGCCCUAGAGUAGACUAAACUGUAGUAUUACAAAUUGUAGAGUACGUUCAUGUGUUUUGCUUGGCACGAGCAGCCGUUUCUGUCUUCUUGUGUGUGCUGUGCAAUUCAGUGUGUGUACAACAUGAAUUAGCGAGUAGUGGUGCUUUCGCACGAGCUAUUGCGUAACUCUGGUGGAAAUUGCCGAACGUGUGUGGUUGAUGUUGUUGCCACCCAGUGUUCGAGGGCACAAGGGAUACAGCUGGAAGCCUUGUGUUAGAUUUGAGAGUGACAAAUGUGGGGUGGGUCGUCUUUCUUCGUCUCGAUUUUGUGUCCUACGACGGUACUUGAGAGUUAUCCUUGGGCAUAACAGCCCGACACUAGACUGGAAGCCGGCGUUAUUGACUCCGGUCGGAUUGUUGUGCUUUGAGUGUUUCGCGCCGUGGCUUGGACGGGCGGUAGAUGAACGCAACUGUCGUGUGCGUGUCUUUUUGUCAUCGUGUGUGUGUGUGCGUCUUUAUUGUUAGCAUCGACCACGCUAACCGUGUAGACGAAAAAACGUCGGUCUCGGUCAGCGCGGUUCUGCGUGUGUUCUCGAGUGCUGCAGUGUUCAAUAGAAUUGUUGAUUUGUUACAUAAGACAAGAGCCGCAGAGUUUACAGCUCAAUGUUUAUCACAAGCUUUCGUCUAUUUUUUUACUUUCCCCGGAGGAACGGACGGUGUGUGCUAAAUGCGAGCGGAGGGUUCUGUAGCGCGAGUGCUAGUGUGCGUAGCAUGUGCGGGCACAAAAUUGUUUGUUUAAUUGGUAGUGUGGUCUGUGGAGUAUUGGCACGAGAAAAAGGAGAGGGGUUAUUCAACAAUGGUGAUGUGGUCGCGGUCGUACUGAUGAAUGCGUCUUUGCCGUCUCUGUCCCGUCUUGCUUUGUUCAAGCGGCCGAGGAGCUUGCGCUUCCUUCAGCGGAACCUCGUGGCCUACAGGGUGUCUCUGCUUAUACAGCAUCGACUGCGCUCACCGGCUGACCAACAUGCCAGUCUCUUGUAAAGUAUCUGAUUUGUCUGUAUGUGUACACUCGUGUUUGUCAAACGGCGUACGCGGACGAUCCCCACGAAGGACUCUUGUUUGCGUUCUCGCACGGACUCUAAUUGUGGUGUGUCGUCGAAUCAAGUUGAUGCCUGCGCUCGAUCUGAUGAUGAUGCUGUUUUUGCGUUGGGAGAGAAGUGGCGGCGCAUUGUUCUGGGUGGUGAAGCGCCAGCGGUUCAUCUCUUGUCUCUUGCGACGUGUGUCGUGUAGGUGUUAGUGUGUCUCUUUUUCGUGUGGUCGUCCUUGCAUUGCUGCUACAGCACGGGUGUGUUCAGUACGUUCGGUGCGUGAAUUGUGGUGUAUAGUAUGCAUAUCCCAUCGAAUCGACCCGUGCUUUCG